CCCCGGCCCCGCUCCGGCGCUGCUCCCACCGCCGCGGCAACGGCCCCAGCCCACGGAGGCGGCUGGACUGACCCCCGACGGUUGGACGCACGGACUCUGCUCCGAGAGCAGGCCAUGGACACCUUCAGCACCAAGAGUCUGGCUCUGCAGGCGCAGAAGAAGCUCUUGAGUAAGAUGGCAUCUAAGGCAGUGGUGGCCGUGCUGGUGGAUGACACCAGCAGCGAGGUGCUGGACGAGCUGUACCGCGCCACCAGGGAGUUCACACGCAGCCGCAAGGAGGCCCAGAAGAUGCUCAAGAACCUGGUGAAGGUGGCCCUGAAGCUGGGGCUGCUGCUGCGCGGGGACCAGCUGGGCGGGGAGGAGCUGGCGCUGCUGCGGCGCUUCCGCCACCGGGCGCGCUGCCUGGCCAUGACGGCCGUCAGCUUCCAGCAGGUGGACUUCACCUUCGACCGGCGCGUGCUGGCCGCCGGGCUGCUCGAGUGCCGCGACCUGCUGCACCAGGCAGUGGGCCCCCACCUGACCGCCAAGUCCCACGGCCGCAUCAACCACGUGUUCGGCCACCUGGCCGACUGCGACUUCCUGGCCGCGCUCUAUGGCCCCGCCGAGCCCUACCGCUCCCACCUGCGCAGGAUCUGCGAGGGCCUGGGCCGGAUGCUGGAUGAGGGCAGUCUCUGAGCCCCGGGUGGCCCCGCCGCGCCCCUCGCGCCUUCUGGGGCUCUUCUGCUGGGCGCGGUGGGGUUUGUGGGGUUUUUUCCACCUCUUUUCUCCCAAUCGGAUUCCGGCGGAUCUCCCCCAGACAGGUGGGUGACCUGGCCCCUUUGAGAGGACGCUGAGCCAUCUGUAGCAGCUGUUUCAGACACCGAUGUCACCUCUUCUCCUGGCCCCCGCCCAAUAGGGAGAGGAAUUUGGGGCUCUACUCUGAGGACCACCUUCUACCCCUGUUUGUACCUCCUGGGCCACGCCGACCCCUGGGUCGCUUGAUGUAAAAGUCAAAAGCUGCUGCUUCCCACUUGGUGACCUCGCCUGGGAUUUUCAUCCCCACACACAAGGACUAGGGGUUCACAUGGUGAACUGGGGGAAGAGGAGUGUUAGGGAGCAAAUCGCGGCACCCCCCGCCCCAUCCAUAAAUUCACAUCCUAACCCCCAGGACCAGAAGAUGAUCUGAUUUGGAAAUAGGAUCAUUACAAAUGGGAUUAGUUCA